UUUAGGGCUGCGAAAGAAACCAUCACCCUAUCCGGACUGAAGCGAAAAGAGAUGGAACAAAUAUAACAAGAUUAUUGCAUUACGUUGCACCCCGGAAGCGGUGCUAUAUAAAUUGCAGUUUGCAGCGACCGCUUUUCGGAAUUAGAAGGUGCGUGUUGCUGGGGGACAGCAGCUGGUGAGAACCGGGGAACUGCUUCCGUUUUGGCCACGGCGGUGGCAUGGCCGGCGACAGCAUGGCCGAGUCCACGUCCGACUCCGAGCGAUCGGAUCUGUCCGAUUCAGAGCUUCAAGAGGCAUAUUCCAAAGGUUUGCUCAAACCUGGUUUGAAUGUUGUGGAGGAGGCAGGGAAACAAGGUGUCAACAAUGUGGUGGGUUUGAAACAGUGCUUGGAAGACUUCAAGAAAGACCUGAAGUGGGUGGAGAGGCUUGAUAUGACAAAUGGCCCAGCCGCUGACAUCAUUGCAAAGGCUGAAGGGAAAUGUGUGGGAGAGGACAAUUCAAACAUUGAUCCAGAAGAUGACUUUCAGCGUGAGAUGUACUUUUAUCGACAGGCACAGGCCACUGCAUUGGAUGCAUUACCUCGGCUACAGCAGCUGAAAAUCGCAACAAAAAGACCAGAUGACUAUUUUGCAGAGAUGGCCAAGUCAGAUCAGCAUAUGCAGAAGAUUCGAGUAAAAAUGAUAUCAAAACAGACGUCCAUUGAAAAGUCUGAAAAGGCUAAGCAGCUCAGAGCAUUACGGAAAUAUGGAAAGAAGGUUCAAGUAGAAGUUAUACAGAAGCGACAGAAAGAAAAGAAAGCCAUGAUGACUGCAGUGAAAAAGUACCAAAAAGGACUUUCUGAUAAACUUGAUUUCCUUGAAGGUGAUAAGGCUUCUUUACAGGGAAAGAAAGAAGGCGGUGGAGGAGCAGCAGUAGGAUCUGCACAGCAGAAAAAUAAAAUAAAUGCAAAAAGGAAAUUUAAAAAUGAAAAGUUUGGUUUUGGAGGAAGGAAAAAAGGCUUAAAGAGGAACACCAAAGAGAGUUACGAUGACGUCUCCAGCUUCAAAGCUAAAAUCGCACAUGCAAAAAACAAUCAUUUUGGAAGAGGAGGAAAGAAAAAUGCAAACAAGCGGCCAGGCAAAAGGAAUCGACAGAAGAUGAAAAACCGAUCACAAAAAUAAACUGAAAGUGGUUUUAUUUUCCAGUCUAGUUUUCCCGCAAUGUGGGAUUUAAUGAACUUGGCUUUGCUCUUUUGUAUAUUUACAUUGUUUACCUGAGGAUGAUGAUACCAAUAGAAGUGAAUUCUGCUAUUGAAUAGUAAGUCUUUGGGUUUGGCUGGACCCAUGGUCUGGAAACAUCAUUAACUGCAAGUCAAAAAUAAUUUUAUAAUAAACAGUCAUUGUGCAUUUGAAUUAUUUUGCAGUUCUAUUACUUUUUAGAGGGACUUGUGUGAUGCCGUGAUUAAUCAGCUUGCUAGUGUUUAUCUCCACAAAAUCGUCCAAACCUAACUGGUAAUCUCAUGGGGAUAGACAAUAGGUGCAGGAGUAGGCCAUUCGGCCCUUCGAGCCAGCACCGCCAUUCAAUGUGAUCAUGGCUGAUCAUCCCCAAUCAGUACUCAGUUCCUGCCUUUUCCCCAUAUCCCCUGACUCUGCUAUUUUUAAGAGCCCUAUCCAGCUCUCUUGAAAGCAUCCAGAGAACCUGCCUCCACUGAGGCAGAGAAUUCCACACACUCACAACUCUCUGUGAGAAAAAGUGUUUCCUCGUCUCCGUUCUAAAUGGCUUGCCCCUUAUUCUUAAAUAAUGUCAUGUACCGGGUGAUUGAUCUGAAUGGAGAUGAUAGUUGGUUAUGCUGACUAAUUAAACAUUGAUGGCUUUAAAGCAUAUAAUGUCUUGUCUGCCAACCAUGGGGGUUCGAAUGUUGAGUUUGCAUUUUUGACAUGAUGCAUUUCCACCAAAGAUAUUUUCCCCCAAAUUUAUCAUAAAAUGUGCAAAUAAAUAAUGCAGUAUGUACUUGUAACUCAAUACUGUGUAAAAUAUUUACAUAA